AUGCGUGAAAUUCUGUCCAUUCAUCUAGGCCAAGGUGGUAUUCAAGUCGGUAAUUCUUGCUGGGAGCUUUACUGUCUCGAGCACGGUAUCCAGCCCGAUGGAAGGAUUCUCAGCGACUCGAGUGCUAUGAGUGAUGAUGACUCGUUCUCUACCUUUUUCUCAGAAACAGGAUCGGGCAAAUACGUGCCGCGUGCUGUGUUUGUGGAUCUAGAGCCCACAGUUUGCGACGAAAUCCGUACUGGUACCUAUCGUCAGCUUUACCACCCGCAGCAGAUAAUUUCUGGCAAAGAAGAUGCCGCUAAUAAUUACGCUCGUGGCCACUACACAAUCGGCAAAGAAGUUGUAGACCAAGUGCUGGAUCGAAUCCGAAAACUUGCGGAUGCAUGUACUGGUUUACAAGGAUUUAUGGUCUUUAAUGCAGUAGGUGGAGGCACUGGAUCCGGCUUUGGCUCCCUACUACUGGAGCGUCUAUCAGUCGAUUAUGGACGGAAAAGCAAACUUGGGUUUACCAUCUACCCGUCUCCUCUAUUAUCUGGAGCGAUCGUCGAACCCUAUAAUUCAGUACUCUCAACCCACGCUCUUCUCGAACACACAGACAUUGCUGUGAUGCUAGAUAAUGAAGCUAUUUACGAUAUUUGUCGUCGAUCCCUGGAUAUUGAGCGACCAACAUAUACGAACCUCAAUCGUCUCAUUGCGCAAGUGAUCUCGUCACUAACGACCUCACUUCGCUUUGAUGGAUCUCUUAACGUUGAUAUUACUGAGUUCCAGACAAAUUUGGUGCCAUAUCCUCGAAUCCACUUUAUGCUGAGCUCGUACGCUCCUGUGAUCUCAGCGGAAAAAGCGUAUCACGAGAAAUUGUCGGUUGCUCAGAUCACGAAUAGUGCCUUUGAACCGACGUCAAUGAUGGCUAACACCGAUUCAUCGGAUACACCACGAAUUGAGGUUCCUCAUGAUAAGGAUUAA